GGAGAAAAAAUAAAAAUAAAAAAAUAAAAAAAAAGUAGUCCUUGAUGUUUCACCAAAAAACGAAAAAUGAUCCUUGCUGGACAAUAAUGAGUGGUUGGGGAAAAGAAAAAGAACAUUGAUUUAUUCAUUAUUAUUAUUCUCCUUUUAACACGGCAUGGUUGAAAGAAGAGAAAGAGUAAAGCUGCGUUUGGAAGACAUUGCAUAUCUCUCAUCCUGAGUAGUUAGAAGAUAAGCUUGGAAUGGCGGAGAUGGCAGUAGGCCUUGCUAUCGAUCGCCUUGUCCGAUUCCUGACCCACGAACGAAAGUUGUUGAGAGGCGUUCAUUCUAAAGUAUCGGGAAUAAAAAAUGAACUGGAAGCCAUUCAGUGUUUCCUCAAAGACGCAGAUAUGAAGGCAGAUCUGGAAGCCCAAGGAUCAGAAGCAAGUGGUAGAGCUGGAGGUGUUAGAUUAUGGGUGAAGGAACUAAGGGAAGUGGCGUUCCACAUCGAAGAUAUCAUUGACGAAUACGCAGACCACUUGGAGCGACAUCCCGGCCGUACUGGUCAUGAUUGCUUUAUUGCUUCCCUUGGCAAAGUUGGUCGCUCCAUCAUCAAACUAAAAGCACACCACCAUAUUGCAUCUCGCAUAAAAGAGAUCCGAAAAGCAGUUGUUGAAAUCAAGGAAAGAAGUGAAAGGUAUGGCUUUGAUUCAAUUGAUUCAACAUAUGAUUGUCGAUAUGUUUCAGGGUACGAUCCUCGAAAAGGUUCCAUGUAUCUUGAGGAUGAUGAUGUUGUGGGGAUUGAGUCUCCUAGGGAUGAAUUGGUUGGUUGGUUGUUAAAUAAGGAUCAACAACCUCGACGAGCUGUGAUUUCAGUGGUAGGGAUGGGGGGACUAGGCAAGACAACUCUUGCCAGAAAGGUCUAUGAUCGAGUCAGAAAUCAUUUUGAUUGUCAUGCCUGGAUAACAGUUUCUCAAUCAUACCGGAAGGAAGAGCUACUAAAGAACGUCAUAAAGCAGUUCUGCAAGGGAAACAAGGAACCUGCUCCCGAGGGAAUCGAUUCAAUGGAUGAAGAUGCAUUGACAGAGCAAGUAAGAGAAUAUUUGCAGCAAAAGAGGUACGUCGUUUUUUACGAUGAUGUUUGGAAAAAAGAAUUUUGGGGGGAUAUACAACAUGUUUUGCUUGAUAAUAAAAUUGGUGGGAGGAUAGUGAUUACGACGAGAAGCAAGGAGGUUGGGGAGUUUUGCAAAAUUUCAUCUGUUGUCUAUGUCCAUGAGCUUAAGCCUUUAAAUCCAGAAAAGGCUCGAGAACUCUUCUUCAAAAAGGCUUUUCAAUCUGAAGUCGUGGGACUUUGUCCCCCUGACUUGGAGGAUCUGUCUCAUAAAAUUGUUGAAAGAUGUGGAGGACUACCACUUGCAAUUGUAGCCGUAGGUGGACUUCUAUCCACAAAAGACAAGACAAUAUAUGAGUGGAAGAAAUUGCACGAUGGUCUCAGUUCCGAGUUGGAGAGUAAUCUCCAUCUUACAAGCAUAACAAAAAUCUUAUCCCUCAGUUAUUAUGAUCUGCCUUACUACCUUAAAUGUUGUUUCUUGUACUUCGGCAUGUACCCAGAGGAUUAUUGGAUUGCGCCAACUAGGUUAAUUCCAAAAUGGAUUGCUGAAGGUUUUGUGAAACCAAGGAAGGAUAAACCACCGCAAGAAGUAGGAGAAGAAUACUUGACUGAGCUAAUAGACAGAAGUCUAGUUCAGAAAUUAAAAACUAGUGACUGGACCCCAAAUGCUAUAUAUUGUCAGGUCCAUGAUCUUCUAUAUGACGUUAUUCAAACAAAAAUGAAAGAUUUAAGUUUCGGUCACGUUUUGUCUGAAAAUGAAUCAAGUUUUAGUGGAGGACUAGUUACUCGACGCAUAUCAAUUGUCAAUGGUUCAUGCAAUGUUCUUCACAAUGUUAACCAAAGCUUUCAGGUCCGUAGCUUUUUGAACUUCAAUAGUAGUGAUAAAAUAUUUACCAAGUCUAUUUGGAGAACGUUGACGAAGAAUUUCAACCUUCUAAAGGUGCUAGAUUUUGAAAAUAGUAUAUUGGAUUAUAUUCACGACGAUAUUGGAAGUUUAUACCAUUUAAGAUAUUUGAAUAUUAAUAACACGAAAGUAAAGAUGCUUCCAAGGUCCAUAGGAAAACUGGUAAAUCUUGAGACCUUGGAUUCAGGGGGCUCAUUUGUGGUUGAGAUACCAGCUGAGAUUAAAAGGCUUACUAAGUUGCUGUUUCUGUUUGGCUGUGGUGAGUAUGAGUACAACUUGGACGACCCACACUUCCAUCCAUCUCAGGUAAAAGGAAUAAAAGUGCAUGAGGGGAUAGGGUGCUUAGAAGCCUUGCAAUCGUUAGCAUUUGUGGAUGCGAGUGAAACAGGGGUUGAGGUAUUAAAAGAGUUUGGAAAGUUGACACAGUUGAGGUAUUUGGCCAUCCAGAAGCUGAGAAGUGAAGAUGGAAGGAUUCUACUUGGGGCUAUCGAGAAGAUGGCCCACCUGAAAUAUCUGCAUGUAAGUACAAUGGAUGAAGAUGAUGCCUCAUUUGAUUCUGAAUGGCUGUCAUCCUUACCACGAUCUCUUGAGAUUCUCUGCUUAACAGCUCCCAUAAGGAAGUUGCCAGAAUCGAUAACCAGACUUCAAUAUCUAGAACGAUUAGAAAUUGGUGGGUCAAAAUUAGAAGAGGAUCCGGUGAAAAGUCUUAAAAAUCUGCAUAACUUGGUGGAGAUGAGGAUAGUGUACGAUGCAUAUAAUGGUGAGGAGAUGCAGUUUGAGAAGGGAGUGUUUCCAAGAUUGAAGGAGCUUCGUAUCAUGCAUUUGAGUGGAUUGAAAUCAAUAGUAAUAGAGGAAGGAGCAUUGUCUAAUCUUCAAGACCUUUGGAUUGGUCUCUGCCCAAAACUAUUGAAGGUGCCCAUUGGCAUCCAGCAUUUGAAAGAACUUGAAUCUGUUUUGUUUCACAGCAUACCCAUUGAAUUCCAGCAAAGUCUGAAGCCAGGAGGAGACCACCACCAUACAGUUCAACAUGUACCUCUUGUCUUAAUCCGUUACAAGUGCGAUGAUGAUGACGGAGAAAGUUUUGAAACCUCACGAUUGUUUUGACUGCUUUAUCACUGGAACCAAAUAUCCAUCCAGGUAAACUAAUUGAUCGCUCAAGCAGUUUUGUACUGCAAUGUUGUUUUUUUGUUUUUUUUUUUUUUUUUUUGUUUUUUUGGGGGUAAUAUUGUACUGCUAUGUUGUUGGAUGCAAGUGUUACUUCGGAGCUCUCAUUUUACCUCUUCCACUAAGUUUUAUUUUAUUAUUAUUAUUAUUAUUAUUAUUAUUUUGACUUAAAUUGUUUGGCUUUGUCUAGCAACAUAUGAAACAGUUCAGGAUUUCUAAUUUCCUGACCAUUCAGAAUUUGUAAAAUUCAAUAAUUUCAGAGCAUUUCGAAUA